GAGGGCGGUGCUAGCUGACGUCACUUGUGUCUGGCCUGGAGCGUUGAUAGGUGUGACGAUCUCGCGGAAUGGAGACUCCCACUUUCCGUGGGCCAAAUCCGUUUGUUUUAUGGAGGUAGCGUUCACCGCCGGGGCACAUUGGACUAGAGUGCACUGUUUAGCCGGUCGGCAGCGCCGCCAAACCGAGUGAAUUGUUCGAGUGGUCGCAGUGUUUUGCCUCUGGCACCCACCAGCAAGAUGGCGCAGAACUCCCUUGCUCCCAGUGUGAAUUGUUCACUGGAUGAGAUAGAUUUAAACGCGCUCAAGGAACCAGCUGGCAUUUUUGAGCUGAUUGAGGUGGUCGGAAAUGGGACCUAUGGACAGGUGUACAAGGGUCGGCACACCAAGACGGGCCAGCUUGCGGCCAUCAAGGUCAUGGACGUCACCGAGGAUGAAGAGGAGGAAAUAAAACUUGAAAUUAAUGUUUUAAAGAAAUACUCAAACCACCGAAAUAUUGCUACCUACUAUGGUGCCUUCAUUAAAAAGAGUCCUCCUGGCAAGGAUGACCAGCUUUGGCUUGUUAUGGAGUACUGUGGUGCAGGAUCUGUGACGGAUUUGGUCAAGUCUACCAAGGGCCAGUCGCUGAAAGAGGAGUGGAUUGCGUACAUCUGCAGAGAAAUCUUAAGGGGCUUAGCGUACCUUCACAACAACAAAGUCAUUCACAGAGAUAUUAAGGGACAAAACGUUUUACUGACUGACAAUGCCGAAGUCAAACUUGUGGACUUUGGUGUAAGUGCUCAACUAGACAGAACAAUUGGUCGUAGGAACACAUUCAUUGGUACUCCCUACUGGAUGGCCCCUGAGGUUAUUGCUUGUGAUGAGAAUCCAGAUGCCACUUACGAUAAUAGGAGUGAUUUGUGGUCUUUGGGUAUCACUGCCCUGGAGAUGGCAGAAUCUCAACCACCUCUUUGUGACCUUCAUCCUAUGCGUGCACUUUUCCUCAUCCCUCGAAAUCCACCAGCUCGAUUGAAAUCCAAGAAGUGGGCUAAGCGCUUCCAUAGUUUUAUUGAAACUGUACUUGUCAAAGACUACCAUCAGAGGCCCUACACAGAACAGUUGCUCAAACACCCCUUCAUUCGAGAUCAGCCAACUGAGCGACAAGUUCGUAUUCAGUUGAAGGAUCAUAUAGAUCGUUGCAAGAAACGAAAGCAGGAAAAAGAAAGAGAAGAUUACCAUUACAGUGGCUCUGAGAAUGAAGACGAAGAGCCUGCAGUGGCUGGUGAACCAUCUUCCAUUGUCCAGGCUCCAGGGGACAACACACUUAGAAGAACUUUUGCACAGCUCCAGUUGUGUGGAGAGGGAAGACCAGAUGGGCGCUCUGCCAAUGACCAAGGCAAAGAUCCCAAACAUGGGAGGAAAGGAGAACGUGAAGAAAUACCAGACCCAGGCCCACCAGCAAGACCGCCCAUCCCCCAGAGACUUAUUGUGGUUCCAGACCCCCAUCCUCCAUCUCGGCCCUUGCCACCUCCUCCCAAGGACGACAGCAGACCUCCAGGGAAGCCCUCCACACCUCAUGGAAACCACCAUGCGCAUCACCAGCCUGCUGCUGCGCCUUCAGCGCAUCCACAGCAGCAAAGAAACUCCCAUGGCUUCAAACCUAUGCUGCCACCAAGGAGACCAGAGAGUGGAGCCUCAAGCUCUUCGUCUGGAGCUGCAGUCAGUGAACAGCCUCCAGCCAGGCCUGCAAGAUCGUCCCACCACCAGUCUAGCCAAAACGGUUCGAAGUCUCAAACUCCUGGAAGCCAACAUCUGUCCCUGCUGGAGUCUGAUUCAGAUGAUGAUGAAGAUAUUGGUCGAGUCAGAAGUGAUGGCACAUUGCUUGCAAGUGACCCACCAAAGCCUCUACCAGAAUUCCCUUACAGACCUGACGAACAUGGUGCACAUGCACCAAAACCAGCUCCGUCAUCAAGUGGGGCUCCUAAUCGACCUCUUCCUCCAACCCCUGAUGAAGAAGAAAGUGGGGAAAGGACACUUGUCAUGAUAAGGAAACAUGGAGGUGACAGCAAGAGGAGUAGUGUUCGCAAUUCCGAGCUGGCUGAUCAACAGCUCCUGAAAGAUUGGGACUUUGAUCGUUUCUUCCAAGGCUUUAAUGCCCGUCUUGAUCGGCUCAGUGACGAAUCUAAUCGCUCAAAAGAGGCCAACAAGAAACAAUCAGAUCGCAACAGUAAAAGCUUUGACAAUCCUGGUUUUGAAGAUGGGGAAAAUAGCAUUGUUAAGUCAUCACCAUCAAGAAGCAGUGUAUCCAAUGCUCCAUCAUCUAGCACUCCAGAAAAUAAGGUGCGAGAAUCUCAGCUGAAGCAUGUAGAUUCUAAGAGACAUAUUUUCCGGCGAGAAAACUCGGAUUUCUUCCCUAGUCGGUCCAAUCGUCACUCUGCUUUAGUUUUUGAAUCCACUCCCCCUUCUGAUACAUCCAAAGGGUCUGGCGUAACUUUUUCUUACAACAAUGGGAGACGUGGUUCAGAAAUAGCUGCCUCUAUUGUGGCGGGCAUCAGCUCAGAGCUGUAUGGAAAAGAAACUCCGUCAAAAAGCAGAUUUAUGCCAGGAAGAAAACCAAGUGGGGAGCCAGUACUCACUGAUUGGAAGAGUGGUGGAACUGAUUUAAUUCCUAAGAAUGCUGGAAGUGACUGGUCUGCUGUGAAACCACGGCGAGAGAAGACUGAAGGCGAUAUUGUAUUGAUGCGAGCUUGGCGUCGUAGCAGUAAUGCCAAUGGCUUCGCUAAUGGCAAUGGCAGUGGCAGCAAUAGCAGCAGUCCAGGGGACCGAGGUGAAGGGGGUGGUGGUGGACAAGGUGGAUUCUUGGAAUGGCAGAAUCGUGAGGAACGCCGUGGAGAAUUCCACCGCAUGGACUCAUCUCCAGGACAACUUAGUACUCCUGGUUCCAGAACUAGUUCUGUUUUGCCUGACCUUCUCACUCAGACAUCCAGCCCAGGAACACCCAAUCAGAGGCAGGACAAGUCAACCAGUGACGAGUAUCGGCAAGCUAUUAAGGGACUAAGUGGUAGUAUUGGAGGGCCCCGAAUAAGUCCGUCCAACACUUCCACUGCAUCAUCGUCCUCCCUCAUUUCACCCUCAUCACAAACCGGCUUUAAUCCUCUUCAACAGAAACAGAGGUCAUUCUUGACGUUUGGAUUCGGCGCCGGAGGCUCGGGUCCGAGCAGAAGGGAGUCUCACGUCAAUGUGAAUGUCACACCUACUUCACAUGAUCUUGGUGCGGACACACCAGAGAUAAGAAAAUACAAGAAAAGAUUCAACUCAGAAAUUCUGUGUGCUGCAUUAUGGGGUGUCAACUUAUUGAUUGGAACUGAAAAUGGUUUGAUGCUGCUGGACCGUAGUGGCCAAGGGAAAGUCUAUCAACUUAUUUCGCGGCGACGUUUCCAACAAAUGGAAGUGUUAGAAGGCCAAAAUAUUCUCGUUACCAUUUCAGGGAAGAAAAACAGAGUACGAGUAUAUUACUUGUCCUGGUUAAAAUCUAAAAUCCUCCGCACUGAUGGUGUUACUGAACAACAAGUAGAAAGGCGCAAUGGUUGGAUCAAUGUUGGUGAUCUACAGGGAGCUGUCCAUUUUAAGAUAGUCAAGUAUGAACGUAUCAAAUUCCUUGUAAUUGCAUUGAAGGACAGUAUUGAAAUUUAUGCAUGGGCACCUAAACCUUAUCACAAAUUCAUGGCGUUCAAGGCAUUUGGAGACCUCCAACAUCGACCUCUUCUGGUCGACCUCACUGUUGAAGAAGGUACUCGCCUGAAAGUGAUAUAUGGGUCUGCUGAUGGAUUCCAUGCUGUGGAUCUUGAUUCUGCUUCAGUCUAUGAUGUGUACCUUCCCAAGCAUGUUAGCAUGUCUCAAGGUCCUAUUUCACCUCACUGCAUUGUGCCACUUCCUAACUCGAAUGGUAUGCAGCUCUUGUUGUGUUAUGACAAUGAAGGAGUUUAUGUAAAUACGUAUGGCAAGGUCUCAAAGAACAUUGUGUUGCAAUGGGGUGAAAUGCCAACAUCAGUUGCCUACAUAGGGACUGGUCAAAUUAUGGGAUGGGGUAACAAAGCCAUAGAAAUACGCAGUGUGGAAUCAGGGCAUCUAGAUGGUGUUUUUAUGCAUAAGAAGGCCCAGCGACUAAAGUUCCUCUGUGAAAGGAAUGACAAGGUAUUCUUCUCAUCUGCUAAAGGUGGUUCUUCAUGCCAAAUAUACUUCAUGACUUUGAACAAACCUGGCAUGGCCAAUUGGUAAAUUUAAGUAGCUUUGUUAUUGUUUUGUUUUAAUGGGUGUAUCCAUGCUGUAACUGAUAGUCCUCCUUGUAUAAGCAUACAUGGCACAGUCAUGCUUAUUUUUUGUGUCAUGGAAACCCAUAAGCAAGUCUUUUUGUAUGAAUGAACUCAGAUCUAGUGACAGUUGUUUGUAUUUGUUGUCUUUUAUUUACGUCUAAUGUAUUUUGACUGGAAGUGCUGGUGCAGACUCCAUCAAGUAAUCGUUGGUUACAUGAAUGGAAGUACCUGCACUGUUCAUGGGGGUAAUUUCAGUGUUAAUCACUGGAAAUCCAUUUGAACAACCCAGAAUAGUCUGCGAGUUGAUCAUGACAAGGUUGUGUUGAUAUAUCACAAUCCGCAAAGAAAUAUUGUUUUAAUUAUCUCUGAACAAUCUUCUUGUAUCUUGGACGCCAUUGAGCUGGGUUCUUUUUGACUUGACUUUUAAAGGAAACAAUAUUGAAUAUUCUUGCUGCCAUGCACAACAGUAGCCUCAGCUUAGAAGUGUUAAAUAUCUUGUGAGAUGUGGUGGUGGUGGUAUCCUCUGUACCUCAGAUGGUCUGGAUAGUCUGAUAACUGCCAACAAGUCACAAAAUAGUUAUUUUAGUCAUUUAUCACAAUAGUAAUAAUUCUUUACACCUCAUGUAUCAAAUUAUUACUAUUAGUACAGCAUAGUUCCAUUUAUUAUGUCAUUAUAGAAGACUUGUUCUACAUCAUAGUCUUAUGAUGUUGGGAGGUUCUUUACCUUGCAUAUAUGUACAGAAUAAAAACGAUGGGAGAGGCAUGAGAGGGAA